ACGUCAUCGGUGGAAAACAAAUCUAGUUCGGUCCGCCGUCUCGGUCUUGCGAGGUGUUCGAGUCGACCACACACACUCGUCGGCGAAAAAGGCCAAAAACGGUCGAUUGUAAAAUGAUCUGCUAGUUUUGUCGCAAACGCAACGAUUCGAGGCUUUAACAAAGGCCCCGAUGAACUAGUGCAUCUGGUCAAGUGAACUCCACUCUCCGGCUGAUGCUUACAUGAUAUCCAAGGCAACGGUUUCUUCUGUAUCUGUUUUCCGCUGAAUCCAACUACCGCCUGCAAUUAACGGGUCCAAAAAUCCGUGGAGAGCAACCCUCGAGCAGCACCCCCAGGACCCUGCGAAAUGAUUGUACGUCACAGAUCCCGCCGCGCCCGUAUGUGGAACAUGGGGCUGCUCUUCUUAAUUUACUAUUGCGUCAGCAUCUACUCCGCCAAAGGAGACAUAAAAGAAGGACAGUCCAUGCCGCUGGACGUGGGUAGUCUGGCCGAGGACACCGGCGACACAGAGACCAACGGACAGGAAACCGUUUUGGAAACCACACCGGCAUUUGAGGCCCAGGUGACCACGCAAUCUACUCCCGUGCAUGUUGCCGUUCCUACCUGGCGACCCAAGCGGGACAACUGCACGCCUCCGGCCAUCGAGCAGUUCCCCGAGCCGCUGAUGAACAAGUGGGCGCGGCAACACGGCGGCCUCAUUCUGCACAUUCUGGUGGCCGUCUUUACAUUUUUCGGCUUGGCCAUUGUGUGCGACGAGUACUUUGUGGCCAGUCUGGAUAGGCUGUGUGAGGAGCUAAAGCUUUCGCCAGAUGUAGCGGGAGCUACGUUUAUGGCUGCCGGAAGCUCUGCACCUGAGUUGGCCACUGUGGUAAUAGGAGUGUUUUUUGCCAAGGAUGACAUCGGCAUAAGCGGGGUCAUAGGUUCUGCCGUGUUUAACAUAAUGUUUGUGAUCUCCGUCUGCGCCCUGUGCUCGGGCACCGUCUGCCAAUUGAACUGGUGGCCCCUAGUGCGAGACUGCUUCUUCUAUUGUGUCUCCAUCCUAGUUAUGCUGAUAAUCAUCUUUAACGACGUCAUAUCCUGCUUUGAGUCAGUAGUGAUGCUUCUGUGCUACGUUGGAUAUUGUGUAGCUCUCCACUUCAACACAGAGCUGGAACGGUGGGCGCUGGGUUUGAACCUACCCUUCAAGCUUCCCAGCAAGGAGGAACAGUCGGCAUUGGUGACAUACAAAAACGUCCCCGAGAGUUCCUACACCCAAGGAAGUGCUGCACAUGCUCAGGGACAACAAGCCCCAAAAGACAACGAGAGCAUCCAAGUGGAGCCGCAAAGUGACUACCAGAACUACAGCGAUCCCAAUGCCAGCUGGGACCCGAACGCCGCCUGGGGAGAGGAGAGCCAGCCGAACCCAGUGGCUAAUCCACCGCCGGUUGAUGACUGGGGCAUGGGACAGAUCGGCAAGGAGAACAUGGGCUACCACGCCGACCAGCCCGAGUCCGUGAUCACCGGCGAGGCUGCAGCGGUGGCGGCGACCACCAAAGGUGGUGGCCAGGUGAUACCCACCCAGUCCGCUCCGGCCGGAGCAGCUGACUACUAUAAGUCCACUGACAAGCAGCGGGAGCCUCGGCGCGAUCCUCUUCUCCGGCCAACGGAGGGAGGGCUGCCAGCCCUGGUUGCCUGGUACGUGGUUUAUCCGAUUCACUUCCUCUGCAAGAAGACAAUGCCCGACUGCCGGCAGGAACAGUAUCGAAACUGGUACCCAUUCACUUUCCUCAUGUCAAUGGUGUGGAUAUCGUUCUACUCCUACUUCAUGGUGUGGAUGAUCACAGUGAUAGGGUCCACGCUGGCUAUCCCGGACACAGUGAUGGGUCUGACGUUUGUUGCCGCUGGCGUGUCCGUCCCGGAUGCCCUAAGCUCAAUAGCCGUUAUCAAAGAGGGCUUCGGCGACAUGGCCGUGUCGAACGCAAUUGGCUCAAAUGUCUUUGAUAUACUAGUGUGCUUAGGUCUUCCCUGGUUUAUACAAACGGCCAUCAUUAAGCCCGGCUCGCACGUCAACGUUAUUUCAAAGGGGCUAGCCUACUCCACGCUGUCACUCUUCUCCACCGUUGUCUUCUUGAUCCUCUCUACGCACCUGAACGGUUGGAAACUGGACAAGCGACUGGGCAUUAUCCUUAUGGUUUGGUAUCUGUUCUUUAUUACAUUGGCGUCGCUCUACGAACUAAAUGUCUUUGGCUACAUGAACCCACCCGAGUGCCCCAGCACAUACUAAUAACCCGAAGAUGUCAGCAACGCACGUAUAAUCACAUUACCAGCACCAAAUACCAUAUGUACAUGUAGAGUUCAUAGCCUCAACUAAAAGGAAAACAAUGCCAGAAUGGAUGGAACGUUUUCCUAACGUUAAUUAAUGGAAAAAUUUAAUACUCGGAACGCGUUUUACAUGGAUUUUUACAUUGCACCAGGACAAAGUGGAGUCGAUAGAGCAAAAGCAAAAGUAUAUAAAUGUACAUUUAUACUAUAUUUAUUCAUAUGUAUGUAUUUAAAUAACAAUUAGGAAGUUAGCAACCUAUAUAGGGGUGCUUCUUUUUAAAUUGAGAAACUAUUUUAUUUUCUCUCACAUACAUUUUUUACUACUGAUCGUUCAGCCAUCUAAGAUCAUUAAGAUCAAGAAUAUAUAUAUUUUAUGGGGAAAAGGCGUUUCCUUUCUUUUCGCCGAAGAAAGCAUACCCUUUUACUCUACGGGUAACGGACGUAACAAGAUCUCACUAGGACCACUAAAGCAGUUCCCCACGUAUUUAAAGUUGGUUUUCAGCCUAGAAAUUCUAUGAAAUUUACAUUCUUGGCCUUUUAUUUUAAGUAACAUGACGACGGUAUUUAAAAUGAUUCACAUCUGUAAUACCUUAACACUUGUUAUAUAAAUAUUGUUUAGGGAUAAAAAUAGGUUUCCCAAUUCAGAGAGAAGUACACAUACAUAUGUAAUAAAACACAGUAUAUAUAAAGCAGAAACGCAAAUGUAGAUAGGGAUAUAUAUAUAUAUGCUACUAAGAAUAAAGAGAGCAACAACAAAUGAGUUAAUGUUGGUACGGAUUAAAAUACCAAAGCAAAAUGUACCACACCACAGUCAAAUAGUUAUGUAUGUAUAUACUUUCGUAUCAAAUCGCUUAAAUUAUGGAAAUUACUCAAGAGCUACGUUUUAACCCAGAGAACGGAUAUUUUGAGACAAACCAAAAGAGUCUUGAACUCUGAACAAGAACAACGAAUUCCUUUAUUACUUUGUUGUUGUUUUAUGUUUAGCUAAAUUUACAUGCAAGAUUUAUAUGUACCCCAAAAAAUCUUCCUAAUAGAUACAAAAAAACAGAAAAGUGCAAAUAAAUUUACCACAAAGGCAAUUAAUCGUGUCAAUUUAUUAUUGUAAAUAACAACCAGUUCUAUUAAAGACAUAUUAAACACUUCAAGUCAAUUUGCGCUCAUAACCAGCCUUGUUCCAGAUUUAACACUACUAUUUAAAACCGGGAGUAAUUUUUAAAUCCUUGGUUUUCUGAGUUAUUAGCAAAAGCUAAUUAAUUUUUGUGCAAUCAAAGUUGAUGCAGGUGGUCAUUACAUUGAAUCCUAAUCAUAAAAGCCUAAGACGGAAAGUAUACAACUUGUAUAUUUACUCAAAUUUACAACUAUCAAUGCUAAUCGUACUAAAUUUGUGGGCAUAGCUUAAUGAACGCGCUCAAAUAAUAUUCAAAUGCAUACGAACUAAUACAUCGACAUAUUUCACACAAAGGAUAACUUUUAAAUAUAUUUGAGGAAAUGAACGUAGGCCGGGAACAUUGACUUUUAUAAAAUAAUUUUGUCAAAAUGCUAAACGUAGGCUACCCUGGGUUUCCAGUGAAGUUAGCUCCUUGAUUUAAAAAACAACACUCAAAUUGUUUGCACUUUGUCCUUUUUUUUAGGCGCGCUCCAACGCUUUAUUAAUUAAAUUAAUUAAAUCAAAUUAAUAAUUUAAAAUAAAUUUUAUUUUAUUCCGCUUGUCAAGUGAAAUGUGUAUUUGUAAGUUGGUAAGGUGAAUAACAGAUAUUUGAUAGUCAAGGUACUUGCAUCAAUACUAGCUUCUGGAACUAUGUGUAUGAUAGAAAAGCGUUUUGUUCCCAGUAAAAUUAGCGAUUUCUUCCCAAUUUGCAUUGCGAUAAGAUCUCUGGCCAUAUAUUUCUAAAGAGUGAUUCGAUUGAACAAUUUGUUGAUAGGUUUUGACAAACAAAACAAAGUCCCAUUUACACUUUUACAAAUCUUAGAAAAAUGUGGAAAACAGACCUCUUUUACAAAUGCACUUGUGGUUUCCGAAAUAGCAGUUCAUGUGGACUGGCAGGAAGGUUGAUGCGUACAUGACUAAUUCGACUCGAAUAGUGACCAAGAUCAAUAAGAACGGGUAUAUGAAAUCAGGCCGGUCACCCAGAGUAGCUUUCGUCUACCCUUCUGACAGUUUUGUUUUGUAGUUUAAUUAAUGUAAACCAACUUCCAGAGACGAAUUAAUCACAACAUAAACGGCACCGUUAAAAAUUAUAGUAAUGCUACGGUUCUUCAACUUUUAAUGCCCAUUGGUGUCUCAACAUACAGCUCAACGGUAUCGUAACAACCAAAAAAAAAUUUUUUUUAAAUUAAAUGCAUACUGUACUAUACUACAUACUAUGCUAUGAUUAUUAUUUAUAUGUUUUUCACACAAAUUAUACAUCUCCAAUAAGUGAUGAUGAUUCCUGCUUAUUGGUUAGUCGAAGUCGAAGUCCGCCUGUCUCUUUUCCUUUGUAAGGGAAUUGAGAUCUCUUAAGUAUUAGGUCUGAAAAAUGUGAAGCUAAGGAUAAUAGGUACAACAAAUAUUUAGCUUUAUGUGUUCGUAUAUUAGGUCUCGUAAUUUUUUCGAAAAAUUUUAAAAUAGAUUAGCUUUAAAUUCGUAUUACCAUUAUAGUUUUCCUAUUAAAAGUCGGAUUAUAUUUUUUUAAAUAUAUCAUUUUCUAAUAACUUUUAAGUUUAAUAAAAAUAUUUAAAUAUUUUAAAAUUGUUAAAGACAUGACAAUAAAAAGCCACAGCAUUUUUUCUAAUAAUAUUUUAGAAUCGGUUUAUAUUCAAUGUAAAACAGCAUGAGCCAUAUAAGUUGAAGGGAGGUGGCACCAAAGGCAACUUAAACAGAUAUACACAAAUAAGCGUAUUUAAAAAUCAUCGUUAAAUAAUACAAACAAUCGUCUACUGAAAAUAUUUACAUAUAGAAAAAGCUCAUUACGUUGCAACUCUAUAACUACAACACAAUUUAAAGGUUCUUUCUUACUCUUAAAAAAAAUAAAUCAAGAAUCUUUAUUAGAGCAUAAAUUUUUUUUUUAGUUUAAACAAUAACAGUACACUCAGAUAUGGUGCAAUAUACAAAAAACCUAUGGUGCAAUAUACAAAAGACCUUUUUUUCGAUUUUGUAAUAAGGCUAACACAACGUUUACAUGCGAAUGUAAUUUUUUUAAAUAAACAAACUUGUGAGAAUUAACGUUUUCCUGUUUCGUGUUACUUCUAACAGUAUAAAAUACAAAAAUGCACCUGUAAGAGAUAUACAUAUAUAAAAUUCUGUAUGCUACUUGUUUUUUUAUGAAAAUCCAAAUUACCUAAGGAUUAGAGGCGCAAGUAGACACAAAACCAUCAAAUGAUAAAAAUGAUAUAUAUCUACCAACAUAUACAUACAAUGUACAAUAUUUGUUGCAUAUAUUAAUAUAUUGAAAACUAAAACAUGCUAUACCAAAACAAUACAGUAAAUGUUAACAUCUGAAAUUUGUGUUGAUUAGUCGUAAUUGUUUGCAAAAACUAUAUUUAAACCUGUUUAAAAUUUAACUUCGGGUCGAAAACGUUUACAUUUUGGUGAGAUUAAACAUAAAAACACAAAAAAAGUAAUGCUAAUAUAAAAACUGUUGUUGUUAUGUUUAGUCUUAUGAAUUUCGGAAAUAAAUGCAUUAAUAGAGACAAAAGAAACAA